GUUGGGCCUCGUCUGUCGAUGCAUCGGCCCAUUGCGACCCAGUCGAUCCUGACCGCCCUACCCGUCACGCGAACGCUGCCUGUGACCCGGUCUACGGACCCCGAGUUCUGCGACCAUCAUCUUUCGGAAUCCGUUUGGGAUGCCGCCACAGAUUGUGCCACCAGCGGAUCCUCUUGCGACUGGAUACACAUACGGAUGCACAAGGCUUGGUCGUGGGCCAUUCUCGCAGUGUAGAGAAGCAGAGGGUAUAGCAAACUUCGA